AUGCAUCACGAAUGGGCCGGCGGCUGUCUCACAUCAACAUACCACGACAACUAUGCCGCCAAACGUAACAAACUCGCAGACUAUGCGUUUAACGGAAGGUUCGAUAAAGCUCUCGAGUGUAUUGAAGAAAGUUCUAUUGUGAAUGGUUGGAGGUUGAGGAGCCCUGAAGACACCAGACCCGCAUCCGGCUGGACAACCCUUCACCAAGCUGCAAUGCUGUCCAGUUCCACCAUUUCACAUAUUGAGAGACUCAUAUCUCUCGGAGCUUAUAGAAAUAUUCGUACUAUGGAUACGAAGGAGAAUGCAUAUGAGAUUGCAAAGAAAAACCAUAGGUCUAGAGAGAUACUGGAUGCAUUGAAACCACAUUAUGAACGUCAGUUGGACGAGCAGACCAUCAAGAAUCUUCAGAAGGGACUAGAGGAGGUUAUUAUGAGUCGGGUGGCGUCUAUAAUCGAGGAGAAGAAAUUUCAAAUCCCGACUGUUGAGGUUCUUCUUGAGCUACCGGGUCUUAGUCUUUGGUGUCCCAUCCCAGGUUUCUAUGGAGGCUUCCAUAUUAAAUUACGGGAAGAUAAUAGAAUUGAGACCGAGAGCUCCUGUCGAGUCGCAGGUGGCUCUGGGCAGACGCAUGUUAUCCAACCUGAUGGAACCUGGAAGAUCACUGCGUCGGGUCUCUACUAG